UACAGCCCAAGAAGAGGUGCUCCUAGUUUUACAUCUCUGCCAGACUAUGAGCCAAGCUGGCAUCCUCUCAAGCCUCGGGUCCAUCUGACAGAUGAAAUCCUUGAUUAUGGAGGAACAAUCUACCCUCUUCUGGCAACCGUGACCAAGUUAAAGAGGCUUUACUUUCUGGGAGAGAUGACAGGCCCAGAAUAGACAGGACUUCAACCCAAAAACCUAAAGACAUCCUAUUGGGAAAUGAGGAUAAAGACUCAGAUAAGGACCCAGCUGUUCUCUUUGUAUCUGCUUGGCGAACUGACUGGCACAAGGAUCACAUGGCAGUAAUAAGUAGCAUGAAGUUUGACAGCCUCCUGAAGAUGUGUCCUGAUUUCCAUGACUCUAAGAGCCACAUGGCAGCAUUUGUCCUGACAAGAGAAGUGUUGGAUACAAGGGGUCAUCCAUGUGAGCAGUACAAGGUGGUGGCGUUGGGAACUGGCCAUUCCAGCUGCACGCAGUGGCUUUGCUACAAUGGAACGAUGGUCCAUGAUUGCCAUGCCAUUGUCAUCACUAGACGGGCUCUGCUAAGGUUUCUGUACAAACAGCUUUUGCUGUUCUUUGAUGCUGUUCCAGAGGCCAAGGAGAAGUGCAUUUUCGAGAGUAUUGCAGACAGCCACCAGCUUCGGCUGAAACCCAAAAUCCGUCUGCAUCUUUACACCAAUCAGUGUCCAGAAGGAGCAGCUGAAAACUUUUGCUUCAAGGACCCUUGGAAGAGCAGUAGACUGCAGUAUCAUGCUGACGGCCUACUGGUCCCUGCAGUCUACCUUGACCCAAGUCUGUGGGCUGCCAAAGUCUGCUGUGUGUCUGCUAGUGACAAGUUGUCUCGCUGGACUGUCACUGGGGUUCAGGGUGCAUUACUGAGCCACUUCAUCCAGCCACUCUACAUCACCAGCAUGGUGCUAGGGAACCAGGGGCCUUUGAAAGAAAUGGCUGAUAUCACCAACAAGCGACUGGGUGAUGGGUUGGAGGCCUUUCUGCCGCCAUUCUACACAAAACACGACAUCUUUUUUGUUCGUGGUAACUACGUGGGGCCUCCUGGUGUGUCCCUGCAGCACAACAAUCUCAGCAUCAAUUGGUGCCUUGGAGACAAGGACAUCGAAGUUCUGGACAGUAACAUGGGCUAUGUUACUGACGGCUCCCCCACUGUGAGUGGACCUGGCUUCUCCAGCAGACUUUGCAAGAGAGCCCUCUACAGUUAUUUCCUCCGAGUUGCACAGCUGGCUGGGCUCCACUAUCUGAUGGCUCUUUCCACCUACCACAAUGUCAAGGUGGAAGCCGUCAUCUACCAGACAGUCAAAGAUCUGGUCAAGCAGCGGUUUCAGAGCAACCAUGCAGGUCCCUGGAGUUCAAAAAAGCUGGUGGACUGCUUUAACACUUGAAUGUGCUUCCAGUAACGGAACCAUACCACAGGACCAUGUGGAAGUCUGUCCAGGUUCCUCUUGAGAUUCUGUUGUUUGUUGUUGUGUGUUCUUCACUAAUUAGCCUUAACAGUAAUUCUUGUUGUGUUUUAUGUAUAAUAUUGUUGUUCUCAGUUUGUGGAGGUGUUUAGAAAAAUAAAAGAGACCUCACUGUUGUGAACCUG